AUGGAAGCUGCCAAAUCAAGAUCUGCUCUCUGUGCAUCCAAGAUUGUUUCUAGCAAUCCGUUGGAUUCCUUCAGGAGGCUUGCCCAUUUAUUCGUUAGCACUGAGGAUUCCAAGAUACUGAAGGAAAGAUACGAAAAGUUUGCCGGUCUUGAGGGCCCCAUAGGAGCAGACCGCAAUUUCGCGGAUUCUCCUGAGUGGACGGGUCGAAACAAUCCUUCCCAUACAGACUCCCUGUUUAUUAAUACAACUCAGGUUAUAUACUGUGCUCCGGACCUAGGCGAGUAUGAUGAUGGCUUGAACGGACCAAAGAAAUGGGAUAAUGCAAGACAACGUGUUUUGGCAGACAAAAGCGCUCUUGUGUUGAUUCAAAAAGACAUUGCAGCACAGGGAUGGGACGACAAAAAUCUGAAGGUUGAGGCAACCACAAUAACCGCUCCUCCGACACUUCUUACAAGAGAAGAGGCUGCAAGAAUAUCUGACACCAUCACCUUUAACCCCAUCUGGCUAGAGCACAGGAUCCAAGAAGGAGGCUUAUUCUUCAGUGACGAGACCUUUGAGAAGAUGAAGAAAAAGGGUGCCUUGGCUGAGCUCAAGAAGGAAUGGAAGGACGGCAAGAGAGCUACUCCGAUUGACUCUCUGAUUGAGGAUCUGUCAGUCACGCUUCAUCACGAGAUGUUCCACCUUAGCGCAUUCGGCAGUCACAAUGACUUACCCGCCCCCGAUCCGCGUGCGUACUUUUGGAUGAACAACAUCGAGUAUAGAUUCAGAGACAACCCGGAACUCAUGGCGAUCUUAGCACUUAUCUUUGACUUGAAGCAAAACAGAAAGGUUACGGUGAACAAGGAUGGAGAGUUGAAGUAG